UAACUCUCUCUCUCUCUCUCUAACUCUCUCUCUCUCUUUCUCUCUCUCUCUCCAAACUGCUCUCGGCUGAACUUGUGCGUCUCUGUCCGUUCCGUUCCAUUCCGUUCCGCUCCACUCCGCACGCACCGUCAUUCGGCCGCUGUUGAUGCGGAAACCCCGCAGAAGAUGCGCGUGGGGUGCGCGUUAAUGUGAACCGGUCCGCGUGCUUGUGUGCAUGCGCGUCCGCGGACCGAUGGCCGCCCGUGAGGCGCGCACUGGCGGAUCGUUCCCGGUUGUCAGCCCGCACACCCGUUAGGACCGGGUCCCCGUUAGGACCGGGUCCCGGUAGCCCAGAUGGAUCCGGGCUACAUCGUGAUCGAAGUGGCCAUCGCUCUGCUGUCCGUGUCCGGGAACGUGCUGGUGUGCUGGGCCGUGGCCGCCAACAGCACCCUGAAAAACGCCACCAACUACUUUCUGGUGUCCCUGGCCGUGGCGGACAUCCUGGUGGGCUGCCUGGCCAUCCCCUUCGCCAUCACCAUCAGUGUGGGCAUCCGCCUGGACUUCUACGGAUGCCUGUUCCUGGCCUGCUUCGUCCUGGUUCUGACCCAGAGCUCCAUCUUCAGCCUCCUGGCCAUCGCCAUCGACAGAUACCUGGCCGUCAAGAUCCCCCUCAGGUACAAACAGUUGAUGACGGGGAAAACGGCGCGGGAGAUCAUCUCCAUCCUGUGGAUCCUGUCCUUCGUCAUCGGCCUCAUCCCGUUCUUCGGCUGGAACAACAAACACGUCAGCUGCGGGAACGGCGGCUCCGGCGCCAACUCCACGGCGGGCGGCGGCAGCGGGCGGAGCUGCGAGCUGACGUGCUACUUCGAGAGCGUGGUGGACAUGCAGUACAUGGUGUACUUUAACUUCUUCGUGUGCGUCCUGCUGCCGCUGCUGCUCAUGCUCGCCGUCUACGUGAAGAUCUUCACGGUGGCGCGGCGCCAGCUGCGACAGAUUGAGCUCAAAUGCGUCGGUAAUGGCGACAGCCAUCACCACGGGCUCCUGCAGCGCGAGAUCCGCGCCGCCAAGUCGCUGUCCAUCAUCGUGGGCCUGUUCGCUGUCUGCUGGCUGCCCGUCCACAUCCUCAACUGUCUGACGCUCUUCUACCAGGACCUGCACAAGCCCGCCGCCGUCAUGUACGCCGCCAUCAUCCUGUCCCACGCCAACUCGGCCGUCAACCCCAUCAUCUACGCCUACCGCAUCCAGGACUUCAGGAACACCUUCCGCAAGAUCCUGACCCGCCACUUCCUGUGUCGGAGGGAGGAGACCUACCUGAGCUCCAACGGAAGCAGGACCACUACGGACCAGGUCCACAUGACCAUCGACCCUCUGCUCUAGGACCUGGAUCCGCCGGGGGGGCUCCGGUCUGGUCUGGGUGGCUCCGGUCCGGGUGGCUCCGGUCCGGGUGGCUCUGGUCCGGAUGGGUCCGGUCCGGGUGGCUCUGGUCCGGAUGGGUCCGAUCCGGGUGGCUCCGGUCCAGUCCGGAUGGGUCCGGUCCAGGUGGCUUGGGUCCAGACCUUCAGUUCACUGAGGGUGACAGUGUUUACAGAACAUUACUAAUGAAGACGUCAGCAUCAAUGUGGACAUUAUUUGUGACCUGGUCCAGGUGGACCAGGUGGACCAGGUGGUCCAGGUGGACCAUCUUAUCCUCUCUUUUGAAGGUGUUUUGUUCAAACUGUGAAUCAGAUCCAGACUUGGCACUAAACCCUCUUGAUCGUCCUUACUCCACCCCGUUACCAUGGAAACACUCCUGUUCUGUUCUACUGUCACUGUUGAACUUAUUUAUUACUUUGAGAACGGAACCAACCGACGGUUUGUGGUUCCAUCUGGACCCGUGGACUAAACCGGAUCCUACCCAUAAUCCCCUGCAUGUGGGUCUAAUGGGAGGCGACAGAAACGGCCUUAAACCAACCCUUCCAGUCCAGUCUGGACUCGAACCUGGUUCUGGACUUGGACCUGGUUCUGUAGUCGGAGCUGGUUCUGGAGUAGGACCUGGUUCUGCGUGAACGGGUCCAUCAGGUACUGAUGCACCAUCUGCGGGUCAAACCAGUCCAAGUCCAUGUGAUCAUCCUGGACUAACGGAUGUUCGAACAUUAAUUAAAUAAUAAACCUGGUAGUGAAGGGUGUGAAGACUGUGAUUGACAGGGGAACGGACCAAUGGCGUGGCUCGGACCUGUGAGUGCGUGUUCAUUUUUGGUCCAAUUAUCGGCUCCGUUUCCCUCCACAAACAUGAACCCGGCAUUUAGACCCAGAGUGUAAACCAGACCAGCGUUGAACCCACAACUCCACUGUGUCUGUUCAGCUCCGGCUGGUUCAGGUUCCACAUUCAGACCACGAGCAGAACGUCAGAACCUGGAAAGAAUCACAAAAAGGAUUUUUUUUCUGUUUCAUUUAAUGAAACAAAUUAAAAUGACAUGAAGCCUGUGUUUGUUCCACAGGUUCUGUCAGUUCUAACUGGGUUCUGUCAGUUCUAAUUAUAAAAGACAAACUGAAUAUUAGUCUGGUUCCACAGAUGUUUGGACCCAAUCCUAGGGUGUUGAUGUUCUUAAUAAAUGCAGACGUUCUCAGACAUUUGGAGUUCCGUCUGGGUUCUGUCAUUUCCUGGUUCUGAUCCACUUCAGGUCGUACUGGUCUGAACCUAGAAACUGAACUGAGCUCAUUUUUACAUCAUUUAUUGUUUGUGUCUUCAGUGUCAUUUUGUGGGUUGAACAUAAAUGAAAUAACGACAACGCAGUAAAUACAGACACACUGAAGCGUCCGAACCUGUCAGUGAUGCGUUUAAAGGCGACGCGGUAAAUACAGUUAAUGAAAUGUGACCUUCACUGUCCACAAAAUCAACCACACUGCCUCUGAUUAUGUUUUGACGGAUGGAUGACCUGGUCCGGUUCAGUCCUGGUUCUGGUCUGGUUCAGUCCUGGUUCUGGUCUGGUUCAGGUCUGGUUCUGGUCUAGUUUAGUUCUGGUUCUGGUCUGGUCCCCAGCUGUGGUUUCGGUUCUAUCGUUUGCUCUCGUUGUGGUUUGAACAUCUAUGUCCAUAAAAGGAAAACAUCAGGUCAGAGGUCGUUCUGUCUGAAACCCAAUCAGACCUGGACGGUUCCGUCGCCUGAACCCGACCGUAGAACCCGACCGUAGAACCUGAAUCUGCCGUAAACUCAGUGGAACCGGGUUUGGAUCAGACCUUCUGUCCAAUCAGCUGCUCUGAUGAACCGUUAACGUUAAGGGCUAAACAUUAGUGUUCCAUCGCCGUGGAAACGGUAAACGCACCGGAUGCUGGGAGCACCGGUACCGACUCGGUCCCGGUUCCACUGAGCACAUGCUGAACCACUUCCACAUUCCUGCCUUUGAUUGGCUGUGUUUGAGUGUCAGGACCAAUCAGGAAGGAGCCCCAGUUCUACUGUGAACGUUUACGUCUGUGUUUGAUUCUGUUUAAUAAAAUCCUGUUUCUA